AAAAUUAAGUCCUUGUUUUUUGCUCCUCCCUGCCUCUCUCUCUCUCAUCACCAUGGAUUCAACACUUCUUCCCUAAAAUUCAUAAACCCUCAGAGAGGAUUACUACGUCACACGAUUUACAAACAAUUAAAACCCAGAAUCAAAAACGAGAAUUAUCAAAACCUUUUUUGUGGGUUUGAUUUGUUCCAAAUAGUUAUCUUGAUUUUUUCGUCAUCUUUUUUAUCGAUUCGUUUGAGGAGUAUUAUGUACAGAUCUGGAGCUGUGAUGGCUUGGAAUGUGUUCAAAUUCUGUACGGCCCUUAGAGGGUUAGGCUCGAUCAUGAUCUUGUUGGUUCUUGGUGUUGUUGGUGUCACCUAUUACGCCGUCGUCUUGUGCAAUUAUGGACCUGCUUUGGCCGCCGGUGGCCUUGAUUCGCUCAUCGCACUUCUUAUAUUAAUCGUAUUUCAUACCCUGUUGGUGAUGCUAUUAUGGAGUUAUUUCUCUGUGGUGUUCACGGAUCCUGGUGGUGUGCCACCUAAUUAUAGACCACUAGUGGAUCAAGAAAGAGGAGAAAUCGAUCCAUUAGAAGCAUCUGAAUUUGGCCCAUUGAAUUCACCAGAUCCAAACAAUUCAAGAAUCCGGUAUUGUCGCAAGUGUAACCAGUUAAAACCACCUCGUUGCCACCAUUGUUCUGUUUGUGGGAGAUGUGUUUUGAAGAUGGAUCAUCAUUGCGUGUGGGUUGUUAAUUGUGUUGGGGCACUAAACUACAAGUAUUUCCUUCUUUUUCUGUUUUACACGUUUUUGGAGACGACGGUGGUGACUUUAGCCUUGCUACCACAUUUCAUAGCAUUCUUUAGUGAUGGAGAGAUUCCAGGGUCGCCUAGCACUUUAGCAACAACCUUUCUUGCUUUUGUCUUGAAUUUGGCUUUUGCUUUAAGCGUGUUGGGGUUUCUUAUUAUGCACAUAUCUUUGGUCUCUGCUAAUACCACAACAAUUGAGGCAUACGAGAAGAAAACCACUCCAAAAUGGCGUUAUGAUCUUGGUCGCAAGAGGAACUUUGAACAGGUAUUUGGAACUGUAGAAAAGUAUUGGUUCAUUCCUGCAUACUGUGAAGAAGAUUUGAGAAGAAUGCCUGCUCUUCAGGGCCUGGAGUAUCCAUCAAAGCCGGAUUUGGAUGCCCAAGAAUUCUAAAAUCAUCCAAAAAAAAAAAGACAUGACAUGUUUUUGGUUUAUAGCAUCACCCUACACCCCCAACACACCUCAUGAUGUGAUUUCAACUGAUUUUGGGACCCGUUUUAACUUGGUUAGAAGUAGCAGAAGGGGGAGGAGGUAAAUGUUUAUUUGUCGGGGUUUGUGGAAGGAAGUUAGUGUAAGAAAGAAGCUAUAUAAGAAUGUACAUUAGUAAACAUUUUCAACACUUUUAUUCUAUUCUCCACACGUGAAAUCAACUUUUAACUUUCUGUCGCGUUGACCAUCAACCUUUGUAGCAUUUGGCUAUGGAUCUGAUAGAAGCAUGAUGGAAUAGACCAACGAAUGGAUAGAAUUGACCAAAUUAGAAUAUGGAAAAUGGAAUAGAAUCAUGAAUGCCGUUUGUCAGCCAAUUUUCGGUAUAGCGAAAAGGUUGUGUUUGGUUAGAAUGUGAUUAAUAUCAACCUGUGGUUACAAACUUACGAUUGAUUUCGUCAUCAUUUUGUCAUCGAAACUAUCCCGGUUAAUACAUUAUGGUAUUCCAGUUAAAAUUUUAGCAACGUGCUUUACGACAAUCAUGUUGACAUAGCUAUCAUGUUGGGGUAGUUUGCACGAAUACAUCGAACUCUCAAGUAUUUUUAUUAAAAUAUCCAAUAUUUAGAGAUAGCUUAAUUGGAGAGUUGAGUGAGGUGGUAUGUCUAAUUGUUAUUUAAUAGAUUAAAUUCUAUAAUUAUGGGACGUCAUGUUAACAUUCAAUGGAUAUGGA